GCAGCGGCCCUUCUAGAGGACCAAGUCCCGGCAGAACGGUUUCUCCAAAACGACCCUUUCAUCAGCGCUGCUGGAGGUGUUUCUACGGCCUUACCACCUCCAUUAGGUGGAUCUUCUUCUGGCUUCAGUGGGGAUGAAGAAGCAGCCACGCCAUUGUUCAUCUUCGUUUUCCUAGCGUUUCUUUGUGGCUUCGGACUGGUCACUGGGCCAACGGUGAAGGGCCUCUUGCUGAACGUCAACGUGAGUCACAUGCGAGGCACUGUUUCUGGCCUAGUGACCCUCACAGACGACCUUGGCAAAGCCUUCGCUCCGAUCGUAGUCGCGCACUACAUGCAAGUGAUUGGGAAAAGCAAUGCGAUUGGGCGUGCACUGGAUUGCUUUCUCUUAUCGGCUGUGCUGAAUCUGCUCACUUACUUCACGAAAGCGGACGAUUUCAUCCACAGUGAAGACUACAUUCUCUACAGCAACAAUGGAGCAGAUGACGAGCUUGGUGGAGGAGACAUCCGAGUCUCAGGUGGAUCCGCAGACUUAGUUGAUGUUCCGGGAAGAGGAGAAUUCUUUGGGAGGAAAAGGGAUGCUGUUUUGGACUAA